AUGUUUUUAGAAUGUCCAGAAUCCCUUAGAAAUGAAGAUAACUAUAAAUUAGAUGUCCUUCAGGCUAAUCCAUCUGAAACAGGUGUAAAUGAACUUUGUGAAUUUAAUACUAUUCCUAAUUAUCAUGUAAUAACUAAUAGUGUAUGCGAUUUUAUGCACGAUGUAACAGAGGGAGUCGCCCCUUUUAAUGCCUGUUGCAAUCACACAUUUAAUAAAUUACAAGUAUUUUGGAUUAAUUUUUGGGGAACUAGUUCCUAUUGA